AUGCGUCCGUCGCUCGUGGCAUUGGGCAGAAAAAAAGCGGCGGCAAAAAAGGUCGCGCGCGGUCAACAGGAGGCCGGCAAGAAAGAAGAAGACAAGGGGCCUAAACCAACACCACGCAAGCGUGUUUCUACAGUAAACAAAGAUGCGGAUGUUGCCUCUGCUGGAACCGAGCCCGGUCCGAGUAAAGACGGCACCACUGGCGGCAACGAAGAUCCGGGGCGAGGGAGCGCGAGUCUUGCACUCCCGUCGGCGGAGAUGGAGGGAUCGGCGACGGAGGGAAAUCACGGAGGCGAUCCCCGCGUCGAGCAUGCCGCAACCAAGGAGUCCGAGGCGGCGGCAACGCAACACCAUCUGACGCUGCUCCAGCUGACCGUGGUCGAAGCUUCUGCAGCCGUGCUGGAUAAGGACAAGGUGGGGGAGCACGAGUCGGUGGGGCUGGUCGGUGGCUCUCCACCUUCUGGUGGACGGGGGAGGCGUAUGCAGAGGAAGAGCGAUGGGGAGGACGAUUAUGACACCGCCAUGCCCGGGGACCUCAUUACGCGGGCGAAGAGGCGGCAGAGGACAGGUAGUGCUGACGACGCCGGAGGCGCGGAUGUUGGGACACCGAGAGGCGCCAAUGAAGCUAGUGGCAAGGCGGGUGGUCAAGCAUUGCGCCAAAAGGGCCGACCCGCAGCAAGAAAAGCAUCUGGCGGAAGGAGAGGCAAGAAAGCAGCGACGGGAACAAAGCCGGAACGGGGCGAUGAAGACCCCGGUGCGGAGGAGGAGGAGGAUCAGGAGGAGGAUGCGAAGGGAGAGGAGGAUGAAGAUGAGGAGGAGGAGGAUGAGGAGGAGGAGGAGGAGGAGGAGGAGGAGGAGGAGGAGCAGGGUGACGACGAGGAGGAGGAUGUGGAGGAGGAGGAGGAGGAGGAGGAGGAGGCAGCGGAGGAGGAUGAGGAGGAGGAGGAGGAGGAGGAGGAGGAGGAGGAGGAGGAGGAGGAGGAGGAGCAGGGUGACGACGAGAAGGAGGAUAUGGAGGAGGAGGAGGAGGAGGAGGAGGAGGAGGAGGAGGAGGAGGAGGAGGCAGCGGAGGAGGAGGAGGAGGAGGAGGAGGCGGCGGAGGAGGAGGAGGAGGAGGAGGAUGUGGCGCCAGUGAAGGGACGGGGCGGGCGUGGCAGACGGGUGAGUGGUACAGGGAAGGAGGGGAGCAGGACUCGCCCUUCCCGAAAACGCGGGGCAGUUGACGCUGCGCGCGGCCAAGCAUCGGGCAAACCGAAGGCGCGUAAGGUGAAGGUCGAAAGUGAAGGGGUUGGCAAAAAGCAAGGGAGCCAGGGAGCAAAAGGGGAUGGAGGAGGAAAGGGUGGCCACGCCAAAGGGGUUCCAGUGGGUACCAACAAGAAAGAACCUGCCGGUGAAAGUGCGGAGCACGAGCAGUUUGUUACACGUGAGGAGCUCCAGGCGCUGCGGUCUGAGAUGUACGCCAUGUUUGCACAGCUCGGCCUGCGUCGUGGAGUACCUGCCAGCUAUGCCGGCGGGUCGGCAGCCCUGCCUAUGGCUGGUACCCCGCCGCCGAUGAGCGCCGUGGACAAGGCACGAGUGCUAGUGUUGCAGGAGACAAACCCAUUCCCGGUAUGCGGCGGGCCACAUGGGGAGGGUUGGGGUUGA